AAAGGAGUAUUUAUACACGAGCGUAUAUGUAUACAUCAUGUUCAAAAGAGGUUAUUGGCAAUUUAUAAGCCCAAUAUGAGAUGGGCCGAUUAAUUUGUAAAUGGGCUGAGGUAUCGCGGAUCCUUUACAUAUAUUAGGAGUCACUGAUAUAACUAGGUUUAGGGUUUUCAGUAUCUUCUCUUGCUUGCCGCAUCAACCUCUUUGCUGUUGAUCUUCUCCUCCUUCGAAGAACAAACAUGGGUAAGACAAGGGGUAUGGGAGCUGGGCGCAAGCUCAAGAGGCUUCGUAUCAAUCAGAGGUGGGCUGACAAGCAGUACAAGAAGUCUCAUCAGGGUAACGAGUGGAAGAAGCCUUUUGCUGGUUCUUCUCACGCCAAGGGUAUCGUUCUUGAGAAAAUUGGUAUUGAGGCUAAGCAGCCUAACUCUGCUAUCCGUAAGUGUGCUAGAGUUCAGCUUAUCAAGAACGGAAAGAAGAUUGCCGCUUUUGUCCCCAACGAUGGUUGCUUGAACUACAUUGAGGAAAAUGACGAGGUGUUGAUUGCUGGGUUUGGUCGUAAGGGUCACGCUGUGGGAGAUAUUCCCGGAGUCAGGUUCAAGGUCGUCAAGGUUUCUGGUGUCUCACUCUUGGCCCUCUUCAAGGAGAAGAAGGAGAAGCCUAGAUCUUAGAUGAUGCAUCAAGCUUUUGAAAUUUGUUUUGAUGUUAUAAGCACCUUUUGUUAGUUCAGUUUGUUUUUGAAAACUCGUAUGUUCUGUUCCAUUCUAAACAAAGGUUCCUGAACUUAUUGUGUUUAAUUACGUUUUCAAUGAAUCUUGAUUAUAUUUGAAUU